AUGAAGCUACAGAAAAUGGUGGUGAUGAUAACUGUUUAUGAUGAGGGAUCAAAAGAGAAAGUGAUGCGUGCUGUUGCUAGCUGCUCAGGGAUUACGAGUAUCAACGUUGAAUCUAAAGAAGGGAACUUGAUGGUGUCGGUGAUUGGUGAUUUUGAUGAGAUGCAAAUUCUCACAAAACUCAAACGGAAAUGGCGCAGUGCCAAAAUGGUGACUUUCGGCACCUACGAUCCGAAGAAAGAAGCAGAGGCAGCUGCAGCUGCGGAGAGGAAGAAGAAGGAAGAGAGUGAGCGUGCGACAAUGGACGCUCUUUACCGCUCUCACCACGAAACGCCUCACUGUCCUAUCCAUCACCACAGCACUGUGGUCUGUGAGCAUGAUCACAAUGGCUGUGUAAUUCUCUGA